AUGAACGCGGCCGGCUCCUCUCAAACUACUGGCGGCUUCGCGUCGCUUGACGAUGUCCUCCACCAGCUCACAACCAGUACAAACCUGAACAACCUUCACCAUUACUUGAAAUCAUUCGCGCCGAAGGAGUCGAGGGACAUCAUCUUGGCGAGCACGCUUUCGAGUGGACAGGACCCACUCUCUGUACUGGAUCCACAAAGGAACACGCUGGGGUACCUGUAUAUUAUUUCAGCAAGAUUGCAUUCGGCUGCCGCGCCAACCCCUACGAUCAGUGUUAUAGAAACCUUCUGCAACCAAUUUGACCCUGCGCAGGCGCGUUUAGCACCAGAACGCGUAACACUCUUGGCGAAAGGGAUCGUGCGUGUGUCAGAAAGCUCAAACAACGCGAAGUAUGCAUUGGGACCACUCUACAGCCUUGUCACACGAUACCCGCCACAUCUCUCCUACCUGACGACUCUACACGCUAUAUUCCUCAAGACAUGUGUGGCGACCGGUCACUUUACCACUGCGCUACCGAUACUAGCGGUCCCAAUCACCUCGGUAGACACAAGCGUCUCGGACCUACACUAUAACGACAACCUCGUCUACCACUAUUCUGGCGGCAUGGCUCUCGGGGCGUUGAAGCGAUGGCGGGAGGCGGAGGAAUUCUUCGAGCUAUGCGUCAGCGCACCCGCGCAAGUGCCCGCGGCUAUCCAGCUAGAGGCCUACAAGAAACUUGUCCUGGUCCAGCUAAUUCAGUACGGCGAGACGACCUCCGCUCCAAAAUACACGCAUCCUGCGUUGUCGCGACUUCUCAAAGGCACCCCUUACGGAGCCUUCAUCAAGAUGUACCCCGCGCAGAUCAGCACUCUCAGAGCGCACGUCACCAAGGAGCAGGAGCAGUUUGCGCAGGAUCGGAACAUGGGUCUCAUCAACCAGGCCAUCGAUCGGUCCCCGGUGUGGCUGAUCAAGAAGCUGACCGCGACGUACCUCACGCUCGGUCUGGCCGACAUCGGGCGCGAGGUCGGGAUCGAGAGCGACGAGGAGAUCCGCGCGAUCAUCCUUUCUAUGAUUGAUGCCGGGGAGAUCAACGCGACCAUCUCCGCCGACAACACCGUGACCUUUGCGGACGUCGUGCCGAAGUUCUCGAAGGAGGACCUGGAUCGGAUACUAGUGCAGGCGCAGGAGCACAACCGCGCGCUCCUCGAUGUAGAGCGCGCGGUCAACACAAGCAAGGAAUAUCUCACCAAGGUAAGUUACCCAUGA